AGAACGAUCUCAGCGACAACAGGAGCCCGUCGAACAUGUCCCGGCGGACCUCGGGAGGCCCGUCGCAGAAGACAUCUUCCCACAGCUCUUUGGUGUGGAAGGAGAGGUUCAGGAUGACUGGCAGAGGAGGGAAUAAUAGACGUCGAUUCUCCGGCUGGGAGCGCGGCGCCCUAGACUAGAAGGGCAAACGCCGUUUGGGUUGAAAUUUAAGCUCUCUCCACGGCGCGUAGGGAUGUCAUACUUAACAGACACGAUCGUUAGCGCGCAUUGUUUGACUGAGCUUGAUAGCCCAAAAUGGUCAGACCUGGUGAGGGUCCCUUUCAGAUCACGCGCACCGCCGAAGGAAGAGAAACUCACUUCCCGUCCACUCUGUGAAGAAGGAUGACCAGCGAAGCUGUUUAUGUGGGCCCCUUAAUGGCGAACUGCACUUCUUCCGCGGGUGGGCCCGGCAUACAUUAUUAAUUCGGGAUCGGCCCGCGUAUUUGGAGUGCUUAGCGCCUGCUUCACCUCCGCCGCGGGUCGGCCCGGCAUUGCUCUAUCUCCGGGAUGGGCCCACGUAUGGGGAGCUUUUUUUUUUUUUUGCUUACCAUGCCAACAACGACACGACGAUUUCGUUGGACGGUAGAGGUAUGCAGCUUCGCUGUAGUAAGUGUUUUUUUUUUCAUAGUUACCCUAAUAGUUAUUGAAUCGGACAGCACGAUGACCGGGCGCACUUAGUGGCUAGGCGCGUUUCUGACAUAUACGUCUGACGCCUAUCACAAACGCCUCGAAGCGAAGCCUGAUUUCGUCGAUUGUGCCCCGGUGAUCUUGAUCAAAAUGCGCUUAUGUAUACCUCCGCAUAAUACCUAUUACCCGUGUAAGGCUAACCAAAUCGCCGCGUCUUCGCGAAGCUGCGCAUCAUUGCCAAGUGUCCCUCCUGACGAUAAAGAACCACAAACACGCAGCAAUUUUCUUUUCUCUUCUUUUCUUCCCCCGCGGGACAGCCGUGACAUGGUUCACGCCCAAGGGAUACCGCCGCACUUCCACCAACAGAGUUGGCAGAAGCAUUCCUGUGAUCGCCCGCCGGAUAGGCCACGCUGCGGGGUAGCGAGCGCGCGUAACAGUCGUCGCCAAGGUACGCCAGUCUUCCACGGUUGGCAACAGCAGCAGGAGCACCGUCUCCGGAAGAAAGAACAAAGCGCUCGGCAGGGAACAGCGAUCGCGAUGAAGCACGACCCUUCUUCGGAGGGCGCAGUUUACGCGCACGGCCUUCAGAAGAACAAGUGCCGCGACGAGCGCCGAUGCCACCACUGGCCCGGCCCGGAGUGCGGCCGGUGCAAGCGGUGGGCAAGCCACAUCGACGGCGCAAUGGCGCGCGGCCCGUGCCACCACGUGCGGUUCUCGGAGCGGGCCAGCCAGUGUGCCGCCACGGCAGCAGCGAUGCAGCCGGGGCGCGGCGGCCACUGGACCAUCAAGCUGCCCUCGUCCGACUUCCUGCUGGCCGCCGCCGGCGCUGCCGCCACCACGCGACCCGCCGCCGCCAAGCCGGUGGCGGGAACCAAGCCUGCCGCUGCUGCUGUCGCGGUUACGGCCGAGCCGCAGCCGUCGCAGCCGCCGCCGCCGCAACCGCAGGCAUCUGCGCAACUCCACCACCACCACUCGCAGUGGGCGCUGCAGAACUACAUGCAGCUGGUGUGCCGUGACAAGCGCGGAGGCGGUGGAGGUGCCUCGCAGCACCAGCAGCACCAGCAGCAGCGCCACAAGCAGCCGUCGUCCCGGCUCGCCGAUGUGGUCGCGGCGGGAACGUUCUACUCGGCGACCUCGACGACGUCCUACUGGCAGCAACAGCAGCAGCAACAGCAACAGCAGCAACCCGACGACUCCUACGUCAUGUACCGCACCUCCGCAGCCGAGCAACGAGUUUUCCAGCAGGUCGGGCCAUACGCGCCGUGGCGGGAUAUGCGCCCCAAGAUUGGCUGCGUGCCAAUCAGGCAGACCACGUGCGCCGACGGUGACGGCCACCUCGAGCCCAGCGACCACCAGGACGGCGGGUUCGCGCAUCCGGGCCAGCUGCACUCCUUCCUCGCCUUCCAACACCAGGAGCACCAACAGCAGCAGAAUUGGGACCAGGACAGCUACCUGCCUUACCAGGACGGCGUGCCGGGCAUCAACGGACAGGGCGACGGCGACGGGCCCGCCUACGGGGGCGGUGCUGCGGCGAUGGGCGGCGCCGACGAUGCCGACGUGCUUCGCGACGAGCAGGACGAAGUGGUGGCGCUGCUGGCGGAGAUCGACGAGCGCCACGAGAAGCACUUGGCCUUCGAGCGGGUGCUGCAGGAGCGGGAGCCCACCUUAUGGAGGCACAGGUGGCGCACACAGCCUCAAUUUCCGUCGCAGCACUUGCUGUAUCAGCAACAAAUCAUCGGCACAGCCGGUUCAUGCGACUCCGUGGAAGUCUUCGUGGACGGUGGUGUCUGGCGUUCGGUAUCCGAUAAUGGACUUUACGAUCGCAGUGAUCGCAGGCUCUGCCCACCGUUCAGGGUGGUUCAAAGUAGGACGUCUUCCGUCUUCUUCGCUCGGUUUGCUGCCGACGACAUAACUGCCAGAUAUGCCCAAGCAACGGGCUCACCAACGCCGCCUCCAUCGAGGGGUAGCACUCCGAGCCCAGUCCCUGUCGUCGCUGUGGGGACUAGCACUCCUCCGCUCCAGGGCAGCCCCGAGCCAGGAAACGCUGCCGCGAGCGCUGCACACGACGACAGGAACGAGAAAUGCGUCGAACCGAAGUGCGGCGACGAAGCCAGCGGAGGCAAGGCCGAGGGCAAGGUGAGCCCCUUCGUCGUUCACCGCCAUUCGCCGGUUCAGGUUAAAGAAGCUGCGUGUGCUCUGCCGGUGACGAGGAACCAGCCGCCGUCGCAGCACGUGCAGAGGCAAGAGCCCGUGGACGCGACGGCGAUGCAUCAACAGCGGAAGGCCUCCAACGACUUCCGGCGGCCCAGCUACCCGCGACGCGAGUACCACAGCACGCGCCGGUACAACGAACACGACCAUUCGACGCCGCCGCCGCCGCCUUCCUCGCUGGACAGGCCCCCGGGAGGCGGGAGGCAGUUCAAGACGACCGACGGCGGCCGUUUCCCACAGAACGGGCAGUGCAGAGAGGCCUUCAACAAUCGACCGCAAGCUAACAACAACCACCACCAUUACUCGGACGGCGGUGCCUACGCGAGGGGCCAGCAGCAGCCGCCCAGAGGCGGGAGCCACUCGGCGAAUCGGAACCGAAACCGCCCCAACAAUAACAACCGCCAGUGCAACGGCGCCAACCAGUGGAACAAGGACAGGGCGAGGCAGGACGCCGGCCCGGACGCUGGCAGUCGCGGCGGGUUCGCCGCCCACCGCAGCUCGCUGCCCUACUGCUGCCGCAGCGUCGCCGGAGGCUCCAGGGUGGCCAGCCCAGCAGACGCGUCGGCCGUAACGACACCACCGCCAGCCUCGCAUCGCGGACGCCGUUAUAACAACAAGCAGGGUGGCGGUGGAGCCGGAGGGUGCGGAGGACAGGCGCAAGUCCAGAGGCAGUACUCGGCCUCGAGACCGAGUCCUCAACAUGUAUCUCCCACCUCCCGCGACAUCCAGUCCGCCGGCGCUAGGUCUGUGGCGGCCAUUGACAACAAUGGCGGCAGGCAUCCAUCGAACAGGAAGCCCAGUGGGGAUGCCUCAUCGCGUAAGCCCCGCAGGCAGCAGCAGCAACAGCAACAACAGCGUGCAGACUACAACCAGCCGCGCUGCGCCAGUAGCAGAGCCGGUGAGUCUGCAACCGCCACGUCACCCACACUGAACUCGCGCAAGUCCUGCGAAAGCCUGCCCACUGGAUGCGGCAAUGGCGACGCUGCCGCGGCAGACUGCGCCGACGGUGACCUGGCGGGCGAUGCCUUAAACAGACGUUCCAUGUCUCUCAGGAUGUUCUGGGAGAGAACCAACCUCACCAUCUUUCGCAGGCGGACAUCGCAGUGAAACGUCAGCUCGCAUUGGCGCGCCUCGAAGCCGCCGCAGUAGCGCGGGGGUCGGUGCCUUUCGCGCGCCCCUGCCCGGCACGAGACGCUCUCCAACACCAGACGAGGCACCAAACGCGUUGCACUAAAAGCCUACUUCCAACCUGGAUCUCUGGUAUGCGUCAUCUCUCGCUUCUUGCGUUGGCUUGACGGGCUUGACGAGUGUGAACGCCUUGGUUUGCUGACCUGCAUGACUCUUUACUUGUACAUAAUUUUGCUGCUUUGUGGACCUGCUCCACCAACGUUGUGUGUGUGUGAAAGUGAUUUUAUUUUCAUUAAAGCUCGUUUACUCACCCCAA